CACGGAAAUUAGGCCCUAGCGCUCGUGGAUCCCCCAGCCUUCAAGGGACGGAAACGGCGCACCCGUUCGCGGCAAGCUCCCCUUGUUCCAGACCCUGGGGCCUAGCAGCGGGCUACGUAGGACCCUGGCGAAGCGGCCCCGGGAAUGAUCUUCUCUGGCUUCAGCUUUCGUGGCUUCAUUCUUCAACAACCUCCCGCUUCUGUCUCGGCCCGAGCUGGGCUCGACCAGAUCGCAUUGACUUUUCUCCUUGACUGGCACCAAAUGGCCGCUUUAUUUGGUCUCCCUAAAUACUACGCAGUAUUCCGCUCCCGUCCUUGAUUUGCGCCGUCUCGCCCCCCAGAGAUAACGUCCCCUCGCAAUUGCGCUCGCGCAACGAAUAAUUAGAGCUUUGCGAUUAUCGCCUCAGACCCAGGUGCCGCUUAGACUUUGAGGCCUACAAUCUCCGCAUAACUUCGAUAUAGACGGUCUCUCCGACACGGUUUGGCGUACCUGGGAAUAGUAAUAGCCAGAAGCUCGCCGUCUCUAUAAUCUCAGCCAAUGUCCUUGACUCGAUCACCCUCUCCCCGCCCAGGGUGGUCCAGCCCCGGAUUGACCCCAGGUAGCGGUACCACGACUCCUAACGGCGGCUUAUACCCCCCAAGUCCCUCCGAUCCAUGGCUUGCGGCCAAAGCGAAAAGCGACGAUGUCCGCGGCUACCCCUCCUUCUCGACGAGGAACAACGGAUUCUUUUCGCGAUCCAAACGUCAGAUUACAGCAACACUUCCACGUUUCCGUAGCGCCAGAUCUCCGAGGGCAUAUAAUGAGAAGGAUGGUAAUACACAUAGGCGAGGACCGGGCUGGCGCUCGAUGUGGUUUGGGAGGACGGUUUUGCGACGCAGGAGGGCGCAGCUUCUACUGGGCUUGGCUUUUCUUCUCUUGGCAUACUAUUUCUUCUGGACUACGCUCGUCGAGGUCUUCAGGCGGUCUUCGUUUGGAGGCGGGCGAAAGUUUGUGAUUAUACUCGAGUCGAAUAUUGAAGGUGGAGUUAUGGAGUUGAAAGGCGCGAGAGAAUGGGCGAUCGAGCGGAACAGUGUCGCAAACAAGCGGGACUAUGCGCAAAGAUGGGGGUACCAGUUGGAGGUUGUGAAUAUGCUUGCGAAGAAACGCUAUUCGCACGAAUGGCGCGAGGGCUGGGAGAAGGUCGACAUUCUGCGCGAGACUAUGCGCAAAUAUCCCGAAGCAGAAUGGUUCUGGUGGCUUGACCUCAACACCUUCAUUAUGGAGCCAUCAUACUCUCUCCAGAGCCACCUACUUAGCCGUUUAGGCGAGAUCACGUACCGUGAUAUAAACGAGUACAAUCCCUUGAACAUCACUCACCCUCCAGUCCAGCUGUACCUCGACGAACUUUCCCGCUCAGCUGCUGGGGACAACGACCCUUCCUCAAUCCACUUCCUGCUUUCUCAGGACUGCGGAGGAUUCAACCUCGGCUCGUUCUUCGUCCGCCGAUCUCUCUGGUCUGAGCGGUUACUCGAUAUCUGGUGGGACCCGCUCAUGUAUGAGCAAAGGCACAUGCAAUGGGAACACAAGGAGCAAGACGCCCUUGAAUACCUAUACGCCUCUCACCCAUGGAUCCGUAACAGCGUCGCCUUUGUCCCGCAGCGCUACAUCAACUCGUUCCCACCAGGAGCAUGCGGCGACGAAAUGGAUCCAAAAGUCCACUACAUGGAAGGCGGAAGGGAUUUCCUAGUCAACAUGGCCGGCUGCGGCUUCGGCCGUGACUGCUGGGACGAGAUGUACCAGUAUCGGGAGUACAGCGCGUGGCUGAACCGCGGUCUCUGGGCGCGCAUAAAGGACGCCUUUGAAGACAUGUACUCCGCAACCUUUGGAGGCAGCGAGGGUGCUGGAUACCCUGCUGAGUCGCCGAAGGAGUAAUGCGCUUCUCCGAUUCUAAUUUGUGUUAGCUUGUUUUACAUUAUCAGCACACGGCCACAUGUUUUAGCUGUUUCACUCGGCAUGGAGUUGGGGUUUAGACUUUACUUGAUACAUUUACUGUAUACGAUAUAGAUAUGAGCAUAGCAUUCACAUACUUAAUUAUAUUUAUCCAGUUCAUCACGAC